AUAAAAACUCUCUAAAUAUUGAAAAACACUCUCUCUCUAGGUUUUCUCGCUCGACCCUCUCUCUCUCAAAUCUCUCAAAUCUCUGCAGCUGCAGGCGUCAGCGGCGCCACCGCUUCCUCGGCUCCGAUCCUCCUCCUCCUCACGCAACUGACCAAUAUGUGGAGAUACAGUAGAAACUUUGUUGUAGAUCUUUUGAGAAAAUGGAUGAACAAGUCUGAGUAUGUACCUUUAGGGGGUAUCGCUUAUUAUAUUUCUGCCCCUUCAAGCUCGGAAGAUAUGGCAGCCAAUCCUUUCCAUUCAUUGUUUUUUGUUGUAUUUAUGUUAUCUGCUUAUGCACUUUCUCAAAGUAUGUGGCUGCACUGCCUCCUUCAACAUCUUCUCUGGGAGAAGAUGUUGCCAAGUAGCCAGCUUAAGGUAUAACAUACCCACUCAAUAUAUACAGAUGACCUUAAGGUUAUAGAGCCAAUAAUGAGAUUGGUUUCUUUGGAUUAUAAUACUAGCGAAUUUAGGAGAUACAUAUACUAAUUCUUGUCAAUCAGAUUCUUUUAUUAUGAUGUCGUAGUUUACAGUUGUGUUAUUAACUUUCUGUCAUUGGAGUAAUUAGUUUGGAAUAUCUCAUCAUGCCUUAGUUUAUUAUGAUGACUUUUUCUAAAUUUGUAUGAGACAUUUAUGGACUCUUUUAUGGAUUAUUUAUUUAUUGUGUGGGACUUUGGAGA